UCCCCGCUCUUAUGCUCGCCACCGAGAGGGACCACUCACUUUCUCCAGACACCAAAGAUGACAGCUCCAUCAAACUUAACUCAUGCGGUGCCACGGGAACAGCGCUUCCUGGUGUUGUUCGACUUUGAUGAGACCAUCAUCAAUGAGAGCAGUGAUGAUGCUGUGGUGCGUGCUCUGCCUGGCCAGCGGCUUCCUGACUGGCUGAAGAACAGCUACAGGGAGGGGCAUUACAACGAGCAGAUGCAGAAGGUGUUGGCCUACAUGGCGGAGGAGGGUGUGUCUAAGGACUCCAUCCACUCAUCAAUAGAGAGGAUCCCACCAACGCCUGGCCUCCUGAACCUCCUCCAGUAUUUGCAGAGCCACCAGGAUGAUUUUGAGUUAGUGGUGGUCUCAGACGCCAACAUGUACUUCAUUGAGACGUGGCUGAAGCGUGCUGGGGUGCAUCACCUUUUUCGGAAGAUUUUCACAAACCCGGCCAGUUUUGAUGCAACUGGUCGGCUCGUGCUGCUCCCUUUCCACUCCCACUCGUGCUCCCGAUGUCCUGACAACAUGUGCAAGCAGGUGAUCCUUCGGGAGUAUCUGGCGGCUCGGCAAAAGGAGCGUGGUGGUGCCCCCUUCCAGAGGGUGUUCUAUAUUGGAGAUGGGGCCAAUGACAUCUGUCCCUCUCUGGUUCUGGGGCCCAGAGACACGGCCUUCCCCAGGAGGGACUUCCCCAUGCACCGGCUGCUGCAGGGGAUGCAGCAGUCCCAGGAAGCCAUGUUCAAGGCAAAUGUAGUUCCUUGGGCCAGUGGUGAGGACAUUGUGGACAGCCUGAAGAAAAUAAUGGAGAGAUGA